GAACAUGCAGUACCGCCCCGGACCUGCUGGGGGCGCUGCUCGCCUCCUUUUUUGAUGGUUAAAAACCUUCCUCGCAGUUUCCUCUGGCAUUCAAAAACAGAGACCGACAAAAGAGCGAAGGGAGAGUCAAAUCUCGAAGGUGAAAGUUGAGGGCCAUGGCUCGUGGGCAGCAGAAGAUCCAGUCUCAGCAGAAGAACGCCAAGAAGGCAGCAGAGAAGAAGAAAGGUCAAGCCGCUGACCAGAAGACUGCAGCAAAAGUCGCACUGGUCCACACCUGUCCAGUCUGCCGGACACAGAUGCCUGACCCCAAGACCUUCAAGCAGCACUUUGAGAGCAAACACCCCAAGUCCCCCAUGCCUCCUGAGCUGGUGGACGUUCAGGCAUAAAGAUCUGCUGACAGCACCCAAACCCGAUACACAAUGACCACGGACUAAACAUUGAAUCACUGCACCUGAAGGAUGUUGGUGACGAACACUGGGGACCCAUCAGUAUUCAUGGACAACAUGUUGGGAUGAAGGGGAGGGGUUGGCUGAGUGUAUGUGCUGUGUACGUACAAGUGUGGUUGUGUAAGAGAAAACAAUAAUGAAGGGGCAGAAGUACACCAGCACCCCACUUUUAUAUUUAUUAUGUACAACUACCUUGCUAUUCCAUAUGGGGGAGGGGACCUGAAAGAUUGCCUGCUAACACUGAAAAUAAUCUUGUGACUAAUUACUGGGAAAUGUGACAAGUGUGAAAAGCCUCAACAGAAAGUAAAACAAAUAUUUUUGAAUAUGUGGCAAGAUGGAGAAAUAAUGGCACAUUUAAGACCACGAUUAUAUCACUCAUCUACAAUGGAUGUGGCACUGCUGUUGGGUUUAACCUUGUAAUUGUUUCAUUUUGAGUAGACGGGUUUUGCAUGCUGUCACCAUCAGUGCACACCCUCCAUAGAAGAUAACAGUAAGGAGUGACUAAAUCUUGUUGCGUAAGCUCAUAAGUUUAUGGUUGGUGAUUGUAAAAUGAAGAAUACUAAUUCUUCAAACUAUUUUCUGGAGAUUUAACAGUUUUUUGCUCAACAAGACUCAACAGCUUUGCCUCCUCUGUGCUGCUGCUCCACAGGUGUCCUCACUCAGCAACACCUUACAACAGUACCUCACAUGAAACCACACCGCAGAUCUCAUAGUAUGUUCUAUUUUUCUCCAAAUUCUUCUUCCGCUCAUUUUAAACAAUGAUCUCCUCGGGCAUGUUCCCAACAUAAUCUUGGCAAUAACACCAUUUUUGUCCCACUUAAGUUAAACCAGGACAAGAUUUGCUCUGUUCUCAUUUGAUGCUUUCAGCUGUUGGCAGUUUGGUUGUUCAUUGUUUGGAGAAACUGUAAUUGGCCCAAAGCAAAUUCAUUCACCAACUGCCAAAAUGAUUAAUUCCUGUUCUUUUUGGUUCAUUUUUUUCACUAGCAGGCAAAAACUUCAUUAAUUUACUUUCACUGUACUUUUUGUUUUUUAAAACCCUUUUCAAUAAAUUGAACAAUGUAUUUAAGGUGA